GUUUUGUCUGUUCGUUCGUUCAAUAUGUCUGAUUCGACUUUUACCAAAAGACUUCGGGUUAAUCGUUUGGUAAAAAGAAAAUUUUUAUCUGUGUACCAUGAAAAAUGGUAAACUUAGUGUGUUUUUACAUUUUGCUUAUAUUUUCAAAACAUGUAAAGUAAAUGGGAAUAUUUUAUAUUCGAGGUGAAUGCCAAAACAGAAAAUUAUUAAAAUCGUUUAUAAAAAGACAGUGAGACGCGACGCAAAUCAGAUAUUUUCACUAUUGUGGCAUCAGGGAAUCUGUCCCAAAAAAAGUGAAAUAUUGCGCUAGUGAACCGAAAAAGGAUAAAAACAACUUAGUAUAGACAAAUAAUUAGACGUACAAUUUGCAUAAAGUCAUGGCAACCAAAGUAUCAUCAGCGGACGGAACUUCUGUUUCGGGCGCAUCCACAUCAACAGCUGGUUUAAGCGGUAACACCACACCAGCCAGACGCUUACGUACUCGAACUUCGACGGGAGGGAAUGUGAGUGGGGGAGAUUCGGGCAAAAAGUCCACAACCAAUUCCAACGGGAGCGAACGAAAUAUCAAUUCAGAUUUUAAUAAAAAUAAUGGUGGAAAUAAUAAUACUGCGCCAACUUCAGCCAUAGGAGCUAAUUCAGGUGAUGACAAGCAAGGCUCGAAUAGCUGCGGUGGAUCGAAUUCAACCACUGGAUCAAGCAAAAAAUAUCAUAAUAGUUGCCCUCACCCAACAAAUGAUCGUGGUCGGGGUAAACCAUUAACACAUUUACAACCACACAGCUCGAGUACAUUUAACUUGAAUAAGACAGAAGAAUUUCACUUUGACACACCGGUUGAGUGUCCCGUUUUUCGUCCUACACAGGAAGAAUUUAAGAACCCACUAGCUUAUAUUAGCAAGAUUAGGCCCAUUGCUGAAAAAUGUGGUAUAGCUAAAAUACUACCACCAGAAUCAUGGUCACCACCAUUUGCUGUGGAUGUAGACAAGUUAAAAUUUACACCAAGGGUACAACGGCUCAACGAAUUGGAAGCAAAAACUCGCGUUAAACUCAAUUUCUUAGACCAAAUUGCUAAAUUUUGGGAACUACAAGGUUCUUCUUUGAAAAUACCAAUGGUUGAACGUAAAGCAUUAGAUUUAUAUACCUUACAUCGCAUUGUCCAAGAAGAAGGAGGUAUGGAACAAACAACAAAAGAACGUAAAUGGGCGAAAGUUGCAAAUCGCAUGUCAUACCCAUCGAGCAAAAGCGUUGGGGCAACCUUAAAAGCCCAUUACGAGCGAAUACUUCAUCCAUUUGAGGUUUAUACAUCUGGUAAAGUACUAGGAGCUGGUGCGGGUGCCAGCACUAGCGUGGAUGCAGUAAAGCUUGAAGAUGGCACAGAUUACAAGACACACGAAAUACCAACUCGCCAACAAAUUGCUCCUCCAAAUGAAAAUAACGCUCGACGGUCUAAGCGCUUUGCCAAUUCCAGUGCCAAUUGUGGAUUGAACAACCCCCCAUCGCACAAUAUUGUUAAGGUUGAAACAAAGGAGGAUUUUAAACGCGAUCUUCUGAAUUGUUUCAAUGCAGCUGGAUCUUCGUCCUCCUCAAGUGGAGCUCGCGGACAAGCUGGUGGUGCAUCUUCAGCAAAUUCGAUCGCUUUAAAGAAAGCUCCCGAUCCUCAAAUAGUUGAUCCUUUAAUGAAAUAUAUUUGCCACAUAUGCAAUCGUGGUGAUGUGGAAGAAUCAAUGCUACUGUGUGACGGAUGCGAUGACAGCUAUCAUACAUUUUGCUUGUUGCCACCAUUGUCCAGUAUUCCUAAAGGUGAAUGGCUUUGCCCACGCUGUGUUGUGGAAGAAGUUAGCAAGCCGACUGAAGCAUUUGGCUUCGAACAGGCAGAACGAGAAUAUACAUUGCAGCAGUUUGGACAAAUGGCCGACCAGUUUAAAACAGAUUAUUUUCGUAAGCCAGUUCAUUUGGUCCCAACACAUUUAGUGGAGCGCGAAUUUUGGCGCAUUGUUUCAUCGAUCGAUGAAGAUGUGACAGUGGAAUAUGGAGCUGAUUUGCAUACAAUGGAUCAUGGUUCGGGGUUUCCAACAAAAAGCUCACUGUAUUUGCUUCCAGGGGAUCAAGAGUAUGCAGAAUCGAGUUGGAAUUUAAAUAACUUACCGUUACUGGAAGAUUCAAUUUUGGGUCAUAUCAAUGCUGAUAUAAGUGGAAUGAAUGCACCCUGGAUGUAUGUAGGUAUGUGUUUUGCCGCUUUUUGUUGGCACAACGAAGACCACUGGAGUUACUCCAUUAACUAUUUGCAUUGGGGCGAACCAAAAACUUGGUACGGUGUUCCGGGCUUUUGGGCAGAACAAUUUGAAGAAACAAUGAAACAAGCAGCUCCGGAACUUUUUGCAUCGCAACCAGAUUUAUUGCAUCAGUUGGUGACCAUAAUGAAUCCUAACAUUUUAAUGAAUAAUGGGGUUCCCGUUUAUCGAACUGAUCAAAAUGCUGGAGAAUUUGUCAUAACUUUUCCACGUGCAUAUCAUGCUGGAUUUAAUCAGGGCUACAAUUUCGCUGAAGCUGUGAACUUUGCUCCUGCUGAUUGGUUGAAGAUGGGAAGAGAGUGCGUUAAUCACUAUUCAAUGUUGCGUCGUUUCUGCGUUUUUUCUCACGAUGAACUUGUAUGCAAGAUGGCACUGGAACCAGCCAAACUCACAUUUGGCAUUGCAACAGCUUGUUAUAUCGACAUGGCAGAAAUGGUAGACUCCGAAAAGAAGCUUCGCAAAUCCCUACUGGAAUGGGGUGUAACUCGCGCCGAAAGGAAAGCAUUCGAACUAGUUCCAGAUGAUGAGCGACAUUGUCAAGAAUGCAAUACCACUUGUUUUUUGUCAGCUGUAUCAUGUGAAUGCACAAAGUCAAUCGUUUGUCUUCGCCAUUAUACAAUCCUGUGUGAUUGCCCCCCAGAAAAACACACUCUACUUUACAGAUAUACACUUGAUGAAAUGCCAUUAAUGCUGCAAAAACUUAAAGCCAAAGCGCAAAGUUUUGAACGUUGGCUAUCACGUUGUCGUGACAUUAUGGAUGCUAAUACGCCCACUUCUGCACCGUUAGCUGAAUUACAGGAGUUGUGGAAGGAAGCUGAAAUUAAGAAAUUCCCGUCAUCGUUACUAAUAGAUCGCUUAAAUUCAGGCAUAGUUGAAGCCGAAAAAUGCGUGACUGUCAUUCAACAACUAGGCAUAAACAAGGUUCGUACACGAUCCGACAAUAACCAGGAAGCUGCUCAAUACAAACUUACAAUGGAGGAAUUAGAACUAUUUGUUCAAGAAAUUAACAAUUUGUGUUGUAUUAUAGAAGAAGGUACGUCGGUAAGAGAGCUUCUUUCCCUUGGUAAGCAAUUUUUGGAACGAGCAAAUUCAUUAUUAAAUCGUUCAAUUGACACUUUGGAAGAACCUGAAAUAGAACAAUUAAUAAGUGAGGGAAACUCCCUGCGAAUAGAACUGCCUCAAAUGAAUCAAUUAUGCAUGCGUCUAAAACAAAUUAAAUGGUAUAAACGGUCACAAGGUAUGCGAAACGGCAGUACUAAAUUGGCAUAUAGUGACAUAAAGAACUUGCUCACUAACGCAGCAGCUGAAGUGGAUCCAACAGAUCCAAUAAUAGACAAGGAAAUGAGGAAAUUGCAGGAAAUUGGGGCCGCAAUUGAAGCUUGGGAAAAGCAGGCGUCAAGAUAUUUCCGAUGUACAACACAACAACAUGAGUUAGCUGACAUUGAGCAAUUUCUAAAAACAGCUGCUGAAAUAGAAGGUCAGGUGCCGUCGUAUAUAACAUUAAAAGAUGCAUUGCGAAAAGCUAAAGAAUGGUUGCAUUCUGUAGAACAGCUACAGACCAACGAUCAUUUCCCAUAUUGUCAUACACUCGAAGCAAUAGUUCAGAGGGGUAAAAUCAUUCCCAUACAACUUGAAGAAUUGAAACGCAUGCAGGGACAUUUGAAUAGUGCCCAUGAAUGGAAAGACAACACUGCUCGCGUCUUUUUGAAGAAACAAACAUUCUAUACAUUACUCGAAGUGCUGAUGCCCCGUUCUGAAUGUGUCAUUAUUGACUCUGAUAUAAAACAGCCAUUUGAAGAUGGUUUUGUAAAGGAAAUGAAUCCUGCUCAGAUAGUAGAUUCCUUUAAGAAGGCUGAAGAAAAAGAAUUGCGUGAUAUGCGCGAACAUAGGCGACAAAAUAUGUCAAAAAAUCCAUUAAAAGAUCUAUAUUGUCUGUGUAAAUCUCCGUUCCAAGGAGUCAUGUUUAAUUGCCAGCUCUGCCGUGAUUGGUUCCAUGAGGAUUGUGUACCGCCACCUUUGGGGGUAUCAAACAUUACUUCGGGAAAUAGUUUUCUAUCACGCCCGAAGUGGCUUUGUCCAUCAUGUGUUCGAUCAAAGCGCCCCCGACUCGAAAUUAUUCUGCCACUUCUGGUGUCAUUGCAACGUUUGCCUAUACGUUUACCAGAAGAUGAGGCAUUGCGUUGCUUGGCGGAACGCGCUAUGAAUUGGCAAGAUCGCGCUCGUAAAAUAUUGACUAGUCCAGAUGUAACCGCCGCGCUUGAAGCAAUUAUAGCGCAGCAACGUAAACAAAAACGAAAGGGUCUUGGAGUAGUUGGGACUUUGGGAAGAAAUAAUUCUCGUAAGCAACAACGACGUAGAAGCAAUCGUAAUUCCAAAGACGUUGCAUUGAAUUCAGAUAUUCCAGAUAGUACCGAUGAUGAUGAUGAAGAGGACCGAUUGCACAUUGUUGAAGACUCGUUAAGUAAUGACGAAGAAGAAUUAUCUAAUGUCGAAGCAGCACCGCCUCCUGAGUUGCAAAAGUUAUUGUCGGACAGUGAGAAAGAAAAUCUAAAUGACUUAAUGAUGGAAGGCGAUCUGCUGGAAGUGUCCUUAGAUGAGUCACUAGAAUUGUGGCGUAUUUUAUCUGCUAUUCAGCCAAUUUGUGCUGCUGAAGCCGCCGCACUGCAAAAGCAACAUCAAAUACAAAAGCAAUCUGUUCAAACGACUUCAAACGUUAAUUCAGCUGCUGAAGACUCAAACGACAGUCUAUUAGUUCAGAGUAGCCCUAACAGUAAUAGUGGCAGCCUUAGUGGUCGCAAUCCCACCGGUGCUAAUAAAAAGCGUCGCUCAUUAGAACCCCUUAAUAGCAGUUGCCCACUGCCGCGCAAAAAGACUGCCACACCCAACAAACCGUACAGUUCUUCAGCUAAAAAGUCGACACGAAAAUCGACAAAUGAAGCUAAUAUUAAAGCACCACAAGCAGAUGAUCCCUCUGAUAGUAGGCAAUCAAAUGGUGGCAGCGGGAUUACAAAUUCAAACACACUUUCGGGACAAAAGAAACGAAAGCGUGUCGGAGCCAAUUCGAACAACAGCGCCAAUGUUGCCGGUCAGAAAAAACACUCGCAACGUAGUCAAACAGAGCAGCAAGAAGAUGAUGAAGAAGAAUGUCGCGCAGAAAACUGUCAUAAACCAACUGGCCGUGAAGUUGAUUGGGUACAAUGUGAUGGCGGUUGCAAUGAAUGGUUCCAUAUGUAUUGCGUUGGUCUGAAUCGAAGUCAAAUUAAAGCCGAUGAUGAUUACUUCUGCAUACGUUGUUCCCGGACGAUGGCUAUGUCGUCAGUCGCGACAAGUGGCGCCAAUAGUGGUAAUCUUUCUGUGAUUGAGACCAGUUCAACAACAACUACAGUGUCCAUAAUUAGUACAAGUGGCGGUAACAACAGUAAUGCGUUAAGUACAGGGACAUCAACGACACAACAACAAACAUCGACAACCAGCGCUGUUGCCACGUCAAAGGGUAGAGCACAAGCUACGCGAUAAGUUAUAAGUAUGUACAUAUACAUACAUAUAUAUAUAUAUAUAUAUAUUAUUAAGCAUAAGUUCGGUAAAUUUUCAUAUUUUUCUGCAUUUUGGAUCAACGAAGCAGAAUAAGUAAAGUAAAAUGAGGACUAAUUGUGCUUAUUUUUUAUUUAAGUAUGUGCAAACCAGCUUGACACUUCGGAUCAUACACACGUAUGAUAUUUUUAACGGUAUGGAAUGCUUAAGAAGAGUCUUCUCACUAAAAAAAUAUUUUUAGCGCGUUUUAAAAGUUUAUUUCAAGACUGCAUAAAGCAAUCAAGAAAAGCGAGUUAGACAUUACUUCCAUAACUUUCAUUUAGUAGCCGUUUGUGAAAAUAUGUUUUUUUUUUUUAAGUUAUCUGAAAUUAUCAUUUAUUGAUUAAAUUAUUUUUUUAAUCCAUGUUAUUAAUGAAACUUGAGACGAUGAAAAUAAAAACGGAGACUAUAUUUAAUUUUUUGUUUCAAUUGUUAGUAGUCUUUAAUUAUUAACGGUAAAAGUUUUACGUUGCAAAUAUGCGAAUUUGCAUUCUCAAAUGUUUUUUUUUGCUAACGCGAUGCUGUGGGUUGAAAACUUCUAUCUACUCUUCAGGCGUGAGCACUUCCAGUUUGCCCUUUGUACAUACAUUACACAAUAAGUACAUAUAGUCGCCACAACUACAUUAUAGUCUUAAACCUGAGUACCUUUAUAAAACCAAUGUAAAACUUUCGUCAUGGCUAUAACAACAAUAUGAGAAUAUGUAAUUCAUAAGGACCUAUAUGGUUUCCACUUUUCCAUUUGUUCCUUAUUAAAUUCACUUCACAAAUAUACAUAAGUAUAUUUAUAUAUAUCAUCAUAGUUAAUUAUGCCAACAACAUAUAUGAAAAAACGCACUAAAAUUUAAAUAAACAUAUUUUUUCGCAGUGGUUUUCCAUUUAUAGAUAUUUCCCUGCUAAAGACCGUUGUGAGCAUAUGGUAGACAAAACCCCAGGUUUAAUGCUAUAAGGUAGAUCAAGUGGAUCAUUUGGUCUAUUAAUAAUAUACACAUAUGAAAUUAGUCCAUAUUAUUAACAGUAUAAGUUAUCUUAAGAUUUAGUAUGUUCGUAUUGAUAAACACACAUGUGUAAUAAUUUACUCAAAUGAACGUGUUUACAUAUUAAUGAGGAGUAUGAAUCUUUUAACAUUAAUCUCUGUGUAUCUUCUUUAAAUGUUACAGAUUAAUCUGUUGAAAGUAUUAACUGCAAUUCAGUAAGAAACACAAUUACUUAUUUAGCCAGCUUAAGAUGAUGCUUAAAUUAGCUAUUCUACACUGCAUUUGAAAAUAGGUUGAAUAGUGAUUCUCUAAAACCCGUUCUCUGUCAGAUAUUUGAAAAGGAAUUGCUGUCAAAUAAAAAGUAAUAUCCUAAGGUCAAUGAACAAAUGCAAAAAUUUUGAAUAUUUGAGCGCAUUGAAAAAUUGCAAAUAUUUUUAAUACCGAAAUAAAUUAUAAUUUUGUUCACAUAUGUCCAUACAUUUGUUUACUUGAAACAGAGUUAAAAUAAUUUAUCAACGCGAUGUUUAAAUUAGUACAACCAAUGAUACAAGUUUUGUUCAACUAAUGUCAGCACACUUCUCCAUAUAAACCACAUAAAUCA